AUGCCACGUGGAGAGAUCGACCCGGGCCUCGGUCGGGUCCUGGCGGCCCUGGACAGACUUGGCUCGCCUCAGCAAUCGCUGAAAGGGCGCGUGCUGCACGUGGCUGGCACCAAUGGCAAAGGGAGCGUUUGCGCCAUGCUCUUCUCUGCGUUGAGGCAGGCGAAGCUGCGCGUUGCGAUGUUUACGUCGCCUCAUCUCGUCGAGCCCUCUGAUGCUUUCCGCCUAGCAGAGGAUGGCGAGGACAAAGACUUCCCGAAAGAGCAGCUGAGCUCCCUCCAGGAUGAGAUCGUUGAACUAUGCCGGCCAGCAGAGCAAGCAGCAGAUGCCAGGACGCUCUCACUCACAACGUUUGAGUUGCAAGUCGUCAUGGCGCUGACGCUCUUCGCCCGACAGCAGGUUGAUGUUGCCAUUGUGGAGGUUGGCAUGGGGGGUCGCGACGACGCCACUAACGUCCUCAUCGAGCCUGCUGCCUGCGCCAUUUCGAGCAUAGCCAUGGACCACGAGAAAUUCCUCGGCUCGACUCGUGAGGAGAUAGCAGGCAGGUAUUUUCCAAACGAAUCGUCCCGCUUUUGUGGCUACGUCGGGGAUGUCACAAAGUGCGCCGGACUCAGCGGCACCGGAAUGUUGUCGGGCGGCUACUUGUGUGGCGAUGAGAGGACACCACAAUUUGUUGUGCCAGACCCUGAGAUGUGCAGGAGAGAGGCUCGAGCCAUGGCAGAGCCACCGUGGGAAAUCAAGGCUUUCCCGGGCCGGGGGCUGGGAGUCUCGGGGCUACGCGACUUGGAGAAAGGUGAAUGCAUCCUGAGUGAGCCACCUGCCUUCCUGGUGCAGAAGAGCGCACUUCCCCUGGAGAAGGACAAGAGGGAGACUUUCGAGGCUGAGUUACGGGAGAUGAUUUCCCGACUCGAUGCAAGUCUCCAACGUCAGUUCUGGGAACUGGAGGAUUGUACUGGUGCAGCAAAGUCGGCGAUCGGCAUUUGCAGGACGAACACCUUCACGCGAAAUGGUGACAAGCAGAUGUUGGGCUGCUUUCUGCAAGGAGCUCGGUUCAAUCACAGCUGCCGCCCGAAUGUGGUCUGGUACUGGGGGGACAAAGCUGAUGCUGUCCUGAAGAUGCACGUUACCAAGGACUGCAAAAGGGGGGAGGAGCUUUGUAUCAGCUACUUGCCGGACCUGGAGAGCUCCGUUGAGCAGCGCCGCUCGCGCCUGCAGAGCUCCCACCACUUCCUUUGCUUCUGUGAGGUUUGCAGCGAGCCAUCCGCUACCAAACGGGCCGAAAGUGAGUCGCUUCGGGCGGAGUUCCGGGCUCUCGACCAAAAAGUCAAGGAAAAGAUCAAAACAGAUCCUGAGGAGGCAUACAGGCUAACAUGCCGCCUGUCUGCGAUCAUCGAUUCAGAGUUCGGGGGCGACCUCUGGCUGCAUGCUCGCACCUUAAACGAUGCCUUCAAUGCAGCCCUUGUCUCCCGGAACGCCGCCUUGGCUUCGAGCACCAUGCAAAAGGCGAUCACGGCUUGGCUGCGUGCGGGGGGCGACUCCGACCAAGAACUCCUCAAGGAAAUGCAGGGCUAUGCAGAUAACCCGGCAUCCCAUCGAUUCUGGUGCCUGGGCAAAUGCACGUUGUGGCGCGGCUCCAUCGGAAGGAAGCAUUCCAUGCUGGAAAAUAUGCCCGUGACGUGGGUGGAGCCUGCUGAGGUAGCGGCACCGACAGCCGAAGAAGCAGGCGAGAUCAUCGCCGAAGUCCAGGUGCUCAGGGUCCGAGGCUUCAGCGAGGAGCUUCGCUUGCCGCUCUUGGGCGACUAUCAACGCUCGAAUGCAGCUCUCGCGUUGGCCAUGUUGCUGGAGCUUCGUUGUCAGCAGCUUCAACUUCGAAGCCGAGAGCAGGUACUCGACGUUUCCCUACUGAGCGACAGUACCAUUGCAGCUGGCAUGGCUGCAACAAAGUGGGCUGGACGCCUGGAGUGGCUUCCGUUGCCCGGUGCGGGACGGGUGCUCCUCGAUGGCGCGCACAAUCCCCAUGCGGCGGAAGCUUUAGGAGGCUACGUGGAUGCGGCUGUGCGACCACACGGGCGCCCAGUCUCUUGGGCGGCCGUGCUUACACUUUUCGCCUCGACCUGGGCAUUUCUCAGGCUCCCGGUGGCUGCGCCCUUGGUUCCCCGAGGCUCCUCCUUGGCUCGCAGGGCCACAGAGAGCUCCACGCGGCGGCCCCUGGACGCCGAGGACUUUCGGGAGCUCUUGGAGCAGCCAGAUGGUGCCAAUAACAUCCAGAGCAUCCUCAAGGAGUUGCUGGAAGAUGAGGGGCAGCUGAAGGAGUACAACAGCACCUUUCAGGAACUGGCGGCUGCACAGGAAGGCGCUGCAGACUCUGAUCCCUUGGCCAAGUUUCUCUCAGAUCCCCAAGCUGUCUGGUCUUGGCUCCAGUCCAACGACAAGACUCAGGAGCUCAUGCAAAUAAUGCAGGGCUCCGUUCUCUUCGACAAGCUCCUGAAAUUCGGGAGCGAGGUAUUAGAGCGCCGGCAAGUUGCUGAACUCAGCGAAGGCUCUCUGGUGGAGAUUUCGGGUUUGAGUGCUGCCGAGCACUUGAACGGCCUCACAGGCACCCUCUCUGAAGCCACGGAGGAGGAGUUGCAGGAGCGGUGUUCGGAACUGGCCUUAGCCAUCCUGCUUGCCAUAAUCCUCUUCUCCACGACCUUCUGGUUCAACUGUGCAGGUAAGCAGAUACUGGGGCUCGUGCUGCGCUUCUUUGAAUUUGCCACCUCCCCGUCCACCGGAGAAGGCAUUGUGGUCUUUGACGCCACAGGAAAAGAGCAUCCAGGCAGGCGCAUCAUCGAGCUCGAAGAUGGACAGGGGCGCAUCGCCGUGCAGCCUCGGAAUCUGAUUUUCCCAAGGCACCGUCCUGGAGACGCGGUGACGCUAAAUGCAGAGUUCGAGCCGGGUACUGAGCACGAAGGGCUCGAAGGCAGGGCUGCUUUGGUCUCAACGUUGACCGACGAGGAACGUGAGCUUGGAUUCGACAAGUACUCUGGUCGAGUUGUCGUGGACGUUCUCAGCCUUCUGCCAGGCGGACCUAUCCUCCAGCGAAUCCUCAUGUGGCCAGAGCACUUGCAGCGCAGACCUUUCCAAGCUGGUGAUGGUGUUCUCCUCCGCAACCUCGAGGCAGACACCACUUUGAACGAAGCAGCUGGAACUAUUGAAGAGGAAGGUACUGAGCCAUGGAAGUACAUCGUAGCGCUUGAGGUCAUCGCCUUGAGUGCGGGCAAGGAUGCCGAAGCCAUCCUCCGUGAGCUGCUCCGCUCAGAUCAGGAUGCGGUGUACGCUGUCGGCUUCUCCUCAGUGGAGGGGAUGCCUUGGGUGCAAGCGCAGGCUCCGGAUGAGAUCUUGACUUCGAUCAGAUCUGUACGACCUCAUCUGAGACGAGUCCAGGCCUGCCUGGAUCUUCCAGCAGCCCUUGAGGCCGUGAAGAUGGAUUCGGUUGCAACACAGAUCGUGAUUUGCGGCUCUUUGUACCUGGUGGCCGAUUGCGUGCGCCUACAACGGCAGGCCCUAUCGGGGCUACAACACAAGGCGAAGAUUUGA